AUGGCCACACUUGAGUGCAACAAUGGGCAAGACGGUUUUUCUCCCACAGAAAAUGGUGAGGUUUUACAAGGAGGAAAGUCGGCAAAUAUAGAUUACUCAGAAGACUUGUGGCUGGCCAAUAGCGAAGACUCUACUGGGCCUUAUGCUCAGCAACCAAGUAAAGUGUUGACACAAGAAGUAUCCUACGCUUAUUCAUGUCGCUCAGAGGUCGGUUAUUCAAACUCUUCUGCCACUCAUGACUCCACAGGAUCAUCAGGGUCCACAGUGGAGGUCAAAUCUGAGUUGCCAGAAAAUCACGCGAACAGUGAGCUUGGUCAUGUUUGGAGCGAGCAUUCACCAGAUAAUCAUGCCACAACUUUGCAGCCUGCCACUUCUUACAUGAAUGGUUUAGUUGAGCCCAACGGGUUAGACUUUAACAGCAGUGGUGACGAGAAGGAUUUUGCUCAGCUGGUUCCAGCAGGGAGUUAUGAGGAGAAUAGCUCAGUCACAGCAGUAGAAAAUCAGGAUAAAACAUUUACUUCCCUGAUGCCAGCAGCAGCAAUGGACAUGCAUGAAAAUCUGCAAGCCGAGUUUGGCACUCAGCGGCAAAUGGGUUACUACGGCUCUACCGAUCAAAUGAAUGAUUGUGAAAGAGCUGCUGGUGGGGGGGAGGCUGUGGUCGUAUCUUACGAUCAAUCUUUGCAGAUGGCAGCAGUUAACGGGGAGAGGGAGAAGAGUGGGGAGGAAGGAAGUAAUGCUGUCUAUAUCUCACUGGAUGGUCUCACUGCUAGUGGACACAGUAUGAGCCCGUCAGGUAAUUUUGCCAUGAUUAGAAUGGGAAAUAAUGAGUCGUACACGUCAAACUUGCUGGGUGAGGGCUACCAGCACAUCUCCACGCUUCCAUUUGUUCAGAAUGGAACCUAUUCAACUCUUGCAUCUUUUCACCCCUCUGCAGUUUCCUCCAUCAACGGUGAGGAGAAUCACCAGCAGGUGGCACAGCAUUCAAACUACGGAUCUGAACAGACUAGCUUCAGCUGUGAUAGCACAGCUCUAGCUGCCUGCACCAUGUUAACACCAACUGUUAACACUGUCGAGUACCAAGAUGAUGAAGAUGAUGAUGACGACGAUGAACAAGAAGAUGAUCCCAGUCAGGAUAUGGAGGAUGACUCUAUGGAAUGUUCCGAACUCACUUGCCCAGUUUGUAGCGAGGCAUUCGUUGACCAGGCCACACUUGAGGACCAUAUGGCCAACCACCCGACGAUGAAGAGUUUUGUUUGUAACUCUUGUGGUAAAGAUUUUGCCACGAGGCGCUACCUCAGAUAUCACAGGAAGAACCAUUGCAAACGGGCAGGCUCAUAUGAAGGACAGAACACCGGAGAUGAAAAUGACCCUUCUAAAGAAACAAAGAGGUUCGCCUGUAAUGUUUGCCACCGCCCCUUCCGUGUCCUGAAAUGUAUGAAAGUGCACAAGAAGAAAAAACAUGGCAUUCAGAAAGAGUAUACGUGUCCAAGCUGUGCCGUGACUUUUACUUCUUUACAAGAUCUGACAGAUCACUCAUGUGGGUCAAAGAGUGUGCCGAGUACUCCACAAAUCGUACAGUACACACCUCCCCCGCUUGUCGUCCCAAGUCAGAAAAGAAAAAAGAAAUUGAAAAAUGCCAAACCAGCCUGUGACAUCUGCGGUAAAACUUUCUCCGACCGGAUCAGUGUGGAUAUACAUCGGGUGAAGCACAUCGAGGAGGAGUUUUAUCCGUGUGACAUGUGUGAGGAGCAUGAGAACUUAGAAGAGAGUCACCUGGCCGUUUAUUUUCGAAUCAGAUUUUUCACAGAUGAUAAUCAACAUAUCCUUGAAGACCAGAAAGCAGCCGUGGCCUGCCAUGACCAAAGUAGAUCUGAUGAGGGCAGUAGUAUUUCGGCCACACCUGUACACCCGGGGUCAGCCACUCCACAAUCCACACCGGCCACACCCUUGUAUCAUCCCACCACACCGAUGCACCUCCAAGACACACCUAUGAAUCACUUGGACGUGUCCAUGCAGCAUCUGGAUACAUCCACAAAUCAUCCAAUGACUCCACGCUCAUCAGGAAACUAUAUCAGAGCAUUAGACUGUCCUGAGGAUGAACAGGUUCAGCUGGUAGAGGACGUGCCUGGAGACGCCGAGGUAAUGAAUCAAGCAAACUUUACCCAUACGUCAACAGAAGUGGAGAUGGCAGAAGGAAGAGCAACAUUCUCACUGUCUGGUUUUAGCUCUGUCCAGAACAACUGCCUGCCAGCAGGUGAUCAGUCUCUACUCAUUAAUCAGCAUCAGGAGCAACAGCAAGAGCAGCCGCAGCUGGUGUACGAUGCAGACUUUCAAGAUGGUGAAGUCAUCCACGAUGCUAACGGGUCAGUCCUGGCUGUUGCCCCCAAGAAGAAAAAGGUCAAGAGAACUAAAGUCCACACAUGUGAUAUUUGUAACAAAUCCUUUGGGGAUGCGGCCAAGCUAGGCCUUCAUUACAAAAGCAACCACCUGCAUGACCGCCCCUACCAGUGUGAUGUGUGCGAUAAAUCAUUCUUCACAAAAUGGAAGCUUCAACGCCACAUGCUUAGUCACCUGGAGCAGAAGCCCCACUCCUGUCCCAUGUGCUCAAAGUCUUUUGUGGAGCGGGGAAAACUGGAGGCCCACUACCGCACACAUCUCGGCACAAAACCCUACAAGUGUGACCAGUGCCCCAAAGCGUUCACCGUCAAAUCUCAGUUGUCCAUCCAUCAGCGUCGCAUCCACAGUACGGACCAGCCAUUUGGUUGCCUGGUUUGUGGGAAAGCCUUCUUGUGGAAGAGUGGGCUGGAUAAGCAUAUGAGGAAACAUACGAGGGAAAAGCCUUACAUAUGUGAGUCUUGUGGCGUGAAGUACUCCAACAAAGCUAACCUCAUUGUCCAUAUGUCUAAAGCACAUAAUCAGACAUACGUAGAUAAAUAG